ACUAGUCACUGCAUAGUCCCUGUCCACUUGGUUCUAGUAGGAUGCUGAGGGGAAGAAUAUCAGUGUAAAGGUGGGGAGAUGGCUAUGAGAGGCAGCUUGCGUGGAUCCAUCAGCCCAAUGCUUCCAUCAUGUGGUGGUUCCCUGGAGGAACCUAGUUCAGAAGUCACACUUGAGUGUCUCUACAACACAGUGCAGAGCCUCCUGUAAGGGCGAAUCUUUGUUUCUGAGCAGCUUUGCAGGCUGGUGGAAGUGCUCUGAGAUUGGUGGCCCAUGUCCUUGGUGCAUUGCUCUAGCAUGAGGGGAGGGGAGCAAGGGAUGGAGGCUAGUCAUCUACUCCAUGGGAAAGGUACCCAAACUUGAACACUGUGGCUACUUUUGGUUCCCAUGCAGUGCUCGUGUUCAUGUUUCAUGUUCACAGAGCUAAGACAGCUGACUGCUCACAGUCUUCCCUGAGGGACUUGCCUGAAACUUGCUUAUGCUCUCCUUGGGUUUUUCUGCAAGGAACUCGUUCAUUUGUCACUCAAGCACUUGCAUUACUUCACUUGGAAACCUCUGUUUCUCUUCAUGUUAACUAUGGCUUUGUGGUUUUUUGUUUUUUGUUUUUUUUUUCUUCCUGCUGCUCACUCGGUUUCUUCCUCAUUCUAGGUCUGGGGCCCCUUUCUUUUUUUGGAGGACUGCUGCCCUGUGGUUUAACCUCUUUGCAAGGCAGCUCCAGGGAAAUCUCUUUGCAGACUGAGAGAUUCAGCCUUUCACUCACCCUAUCAACACAUCUCACCCUCUAGGACUCGUGUGUCUUACAGACAAAUCUGUUAACCAACAUUUGGUUCAUGGGACUUUUCUUUGUGUUCCUUCAACUCACUUUCUGCACUGACCUGAAGCAAUGAAGUGAAAGGAGAGCUGCUACCUGGAGGACUCGGUGGGGCAGCAGAGCAUGUAGUUCUGUAGAGAGCUGGGGAAAAUGACUGGAGAAUCUUUGGAAAGGGUAAUAAAGAGUUGGUUUAACUUUAGAGCCAAAUGUGGCCUAUGGAUUUGGUACUGAAGGAAAAGUGAAGUGGGUGAAUGCUGCUCCUGGCUGCUGAGGGUGGCUGCUGUCUGUUUCUGAAUGUACUUUAGUCUCUAUUUUUCUGAGAAACUGGCUUGAACUGGGAGAGGCAGGCAGCUUAGGAGAAUCUGCAGGGUGAUACCUCUCAUCUACAGGCCAUGAAGUGAAAGCAAGAGUCCUGAUGUAGCGGGGUUGUGGUGAUUUCACUACCCCAUCUAGCUCUCAACAUUUCUGGGUGGCUAAUCCUGAGCAGACCCAGCCUUGCCCAAACAGGACACCAGUCCCAUCUCGAGCUCUUAGUCUUGUUUUACAGUAUCUGCUGUGCUGUGUGCAUGAUGCUACAGGAAGUCUGCAGCAGCAUGUUUGCUGCUAUCUGUAAUAUCCAAGAGAAAAAUUUGUCACAGCCACAUCUGAAUCAGCUUAAAACCCUUUGGCUGACAGGGGCGGGAGCGCCUGGGCUGUGGGAGGAGGACAAGAGCUGUUUGGGCUCUUGUCUCCAUGGGAUCCCCUACACACACAUGCUGCAUCUGCUGUGGAUAGGGCUGGUGAAUAUUUCCAGUGCCAUUUCCAUCCGCCUCUUGCUUGUGCUGUGGGUAUGUGGGUGCACCUCAGCAGCUUUGGGGUUGCGUCACUUGCUGGUAGCAUGGUGCUACCCAGCAGCAGCUCCGUUGUUUUGAGUGGUUUUUUUUUCUUAAUAAAAACUUAACAUCUAGUGUUAAAAUACUUUACGUGGGGAGGAGCUGCAAAUAUUUUCCUGUGUGGUGACUGAGGUGAAAAGAAGAUGCUAGCACUGAAUGGCUUGCUCAGGGAUGGCUCUCCUAUGUGCUGCUGGUGGCUGAAUGUUGGUGGGGUGAUGCGUUAUGCUGCGGGCUCCUUCCAGCAGCACUCCCCAAGGGCAGAGCUGCUCCACUCCUGCAGGGCUGCCUGGCCUGCCCUAGCCAAGGGAGGUGCAUGGGGGCUCUUGCACACCAUUGGUCUGAGAAGGUCUCCAUGCCCUUAAAGAGAAGGUGGAUUUUCUGCUGAGCCACCCGAGAAGCCCUUUUAUACCUCCUUCCCCGGCCAGCUGCUUGCGGCUUGCCAGUCAGUCCUGGCCGGCCAGCGGGGCUCUCUUUCCUCCUCCGGACUCGGGUUCACAACCAUCUAAAGCAAGAUGUCUGAUGAAGAGAAAAAGAGGAGGGCAGCCACUGCCCGGCGGCAGCACCUGAAGAGUGCUAUGCUCCAGCUUGCUGUCACUGAAAUAGAAAAGGAAGCAGCUGCUAAAGAAGUGGAAAAACAAAACUACCUGGCAGAGCAUUGCCCUCCUCUGUCCCUUCCAGGAUCCAUGCAGGAACUUCAGGAACUAUGCAAAAAGCUUCAUGCCAAGAUAGAUUCAGUGGAUGAGGAAAGGUAUGACACAGAGGUGAAGCUACAGAAGACUAACAAGGAGCUGGAAGACCUGAGCCAGAAGCUGUUUGACCUGAGAGGCAAGUUCAAGAGGCCACCCCUGCGCCGGGUGCGCAUGUCGGCUGAUGCCAUGCUGCGUGCCCUGCUGGGUUCCAAGCACAAGGUCAACAUGGACCUCCGGGCCAACCUGAAGCAAGUCAAGAAGGAGGACACGGAGAAGGAGAAGGACCUCCGUGAUGUGGGUGACUGGAGGAAGAACAUUGAGGAGAAAUCUGGCAUGGAGGGCAGGAAGAAGAUGUUUGAGGCCGGCGAAUCCUAAGCACUGGUCUCUCCACUCUUGCCAUUUCCACCCUCUUCCAUCCCCUCCUGAGCAUGGCCACAGCUGUGAGCAUGGCCACCUCCCUGCCCUGAACCUCAACAUGUCCUCACCAUGCAUUGAACCCACUGACUGGGUGCUGUUUCUCUGAUUUUGUGAAGAGCUGCAGUCUGGAAGCAGCGGUGUAAAUAAAGCUUUCAUGGGAGAGGGGGAUGUGGCCUGCCGUGAUGGGGCUGAGGGUGCUUAGGGCUGUGGGAACACACUGAGGACACCCAUCUCCAUUGGCAGGCUGCUUGACUUGAUGGUCAGCAGCACAGGGGAUUCCCCCACCUCCCUCUCUCUUGGCCUCCAUCUUGUCAUGGGGUAGAAAGGCCUCUCUUCUAAGCUGGAGAUCCAUUCUCUAACUCAUAGCCUGCCCUCAUGUCCCCCAUUUCAGGAGCUUCCCUUCAGAAGCUACCAGGGCAGACAGAAGGGAGGGAUGGAGACUGGGGGGUGGUGAGGAACCAUCUGCCAGAGGAAGG